AUGGUGACCAUCAACACUCCCCGUGAUCCGAACACACUAUCCAACUACAACAAUUGGCGGACGGUGCACACCUCCACCGACUUCGACAUUUUGUUCGACGAACAGAAACUGAAAGGCAGUGUGACGCACAGCUUCGAAUCCAUCACUGACGGAGAGAGCGAUGCAAUCCUCCUGGACUCGAACCACGUCCAAAUUCACAGUAUCAAGGCCGACGGCAAGACAGCAGAAUGGGAGCUGCUCAGCCGGCUGGAACCGUACGGCAAUCCCUUGAAGAUCAAAUUGGACCGAAAGCUCAAGCUGAAAGAGAAAAUCGACAUACGAAUCGACGUCGAAACAACAGCUGCCUGCACGGCUCUGCAAUGGUUGACUCCCGCUCAGACUUCUAACAAGAAGCACCCAUAUAUGUUCUCACAAUGCCAGGCGAUCCACGCGCGAUCGAUCUUCCCCUGUCAGGACACGCCAGACGUCAAAGCCCCCUUUGACUUCACCAUCAAGUCACCCUUGCCAGCCAUUGCGUCCGGCAUCGGGGCCAAAGACAACGGUUCGUCGCAAGUGUACAAAUUCCACCAGAAGGUCCCCAUCCCAGCCUACCUCUUUGCCAUAGCAAGCGGCGAUAUCGCGACGGCACAAGUAGGCCCUCGAAGCAUUGUCGCAACAGGCCCGGAUGAGCUCAAGGAAUGCAAAUGGGAACUCGAGGAAGACACCGAGAAAUUCCUCAAGGCGGGCGAGUCGCUCGUCUAUCCCUACGCAUGGGGCGAAUACAACGUCCUCGUCCUCCCCCCCUCAUUUCCCUACGGCGGCAUGGAGAACCCGAUCUACACAUUCGCCACACCGACGAUCAUCUCCGGCGACAGACAGAACGUCGAUGUGAUUGCUCACGAGCUGUCGCACUCGUGGUCCGGAAACCUCGUCUCCAACGCCUCAUGGGAACAUUUCUGGCUGAACGAAGGUUGGACCACGUACCUCGAGCGAAGAAUCCAGGCCAUCGUCCACGGAGGCGACCAAUGGCGCGACUUUAGCGCAAUAGUGGGUUGGAGAGCUCUGGCCGACAGCAUCGAGCAGUUCGGCGAGGAACACGAGUUCACGAAACUGGUCAUCGACCUAAAGGGCGAAGAUCCCGACGACGCCUUCUCCAGCAUCCCCUACGAAAAGGGCUUCAACUUUCUGUAUUACAUCGAGAAGCUGAUCUCCAAGGACGAAUUCGACAAGUUCAUCCCGCAUUACUUUGAGACCUGGCGGGGCAAAUCCCUUGACAGCUACGACUUCAAAGCCACGCUCCUCGAUUUUUUUAGCCACAACGAUACUGUCUCCGAGAAACUCGCCAGCAUCGAUUGGGACACGUGGUUUUACGCGCCGGGCUUCCCGCCCAAACCAGACUUCGACACCAGUCUGGUCGACCAGUGCUACGCCCUGGCCGCCCAGUGGGAGAAAUUCACGCACAACCAAAACCCGGACUUUGGACCCAGCAAAUUUGAUAUCGAUGGCUGGUCGGCCAAUCAGAUCGUCGUGUUCCUCGAGAAGUUGCUCUCGUUUGCCGAGAAGCUGCCGCAGCCGCACGUCAAUUACAUGGGCUUCAUCUACAGUCUCAAGGAGACGCGCAACGUGGAGAUCUCGGCCCGAUACUACCAGAUCGCCAUGAAGGCGAACGACUGGACGAUCAAGGACUUUGUGGUCAAAUUGCUGGGCGAGGUCGGGCGGAUGAAGUUCGUGCGCCCGCUCUACCGCGGCCUCAUGAAGAUGGAUUACCAGCUCGCCGUGGAGACGUUUGAGAAGAACAAGGACUUUUACCAUCCCAUUUGUCGCGGCUUGGUGGCAAAGGAUCUGUUCGGGACCAAAUAG